GCUGCAGUCCCAGAAUCAUCUGGCUCUGGAGUGUCUAUCGACAGUGCAAAUUGAUGGUUCCGGUUUACCGAAGCUUGUAAACGACGUCGAAUUACGUUGGCAGCGCACACCUUUACUUAACUUUACAACAGCUUUUCUGCGGCUAUGCCGCAAAGGCAAUUACUGUGUAUCUACUAGUGAAUUUCAGGUGAACAAUUAAACCUCACCAAGUGAAAUCAAAGCACGAGUUCGUAAAAGAAAACAGGAAGCACUCGCAGAGAUUUCCGUCCAAGAACCUGUAGAGUCUGUUGCCGACUGAAGUACCUUGAUGCAAUAAUGAGAUGCCAUAACUUUAAAUGCAGCCACAACAACCGUCUCUCUAUAGCAAUUAUACAGUUUACUCUACUUGCUUCCAGCUGCCUCAGCCAACCAUUACCUCAAACUGUGCAUCUCUUGAACAAGAUCUCCCCCUUCACUGCUUUGUGGAAUGCACCCACUGAAUUAUGUGACAGUCGAUUUGGUAUAACAAUAGAUUUGAGCCUGUUUGAAGUUGUUGGCAGCCCCUUAGAAUCCGCUACAGGACAACAGAUCACAAUAUUCUACCACAACAGACUUGGCUAUUAUCCAUAUUAUGAUGAGUUGACUAACGAAGCUUUUAAUGGUGGCUUACCUCAGCUGGUGUCUUUAUACCAUCACCUAUUAAAGACGAAGGAAGAUUUUCAGCACUAUAUUCCUUCAGAUGUGAAUCCUGGACUAGCAGUGAUAAACUGGGAAAACUGGAGGCCACAGUGGAUAAGAAAUUGGGACCAGAAAGAUAUUUACAGAAUAAAAUCUAUCAAGCUGGUUAUGGAACAAAAUGAUUUAAUGAAUAUGAAAGAUGCAACUGAGAUUGCCAAGAAUGAAUUUGAAGAACAUGCAAGAGAAUUAAUGUUAGCAACUUUAAAGUUGGGUAAAUCAUUAAGACCAAAUCACUUAUGGGGAUAUUACUUGUACCCAGAGUGUUAUAAUUACAACUACAAGGAUUCAGUUGUUAACUACACAGGGAGAUGCCCUGAUAUUGAAAUAGCAAGAAACAAUGAACUUCUCUGGCUUUGGAAUGAAAGCACAGCACUUUUUCCAUCCAUCUAUCUGCAGACAACACUACGAGAUUCGGUCGCUGCUGCUAAGUUUGUACGUCACCGUAUCGAAGAAGCAAAGCGUGUGGCAGUACUUUCUGCCCAGGAGUACUCUCCUCCUCUGUAUGUUUACACCCGCCCUGUGUUCACUGAUUCUCCCAUGGAAUAUCUAUCUGAGAUUGAUCUUCUCCACACUAUUGGGGAAAGUGCUGCUCUGGGAACAGCUGGGUUUGUUGUAUGGGGCAGUUUGAAUAUGACAGAAACAAGGCUGAUGUGUUUGACCGUUGAUAACUACGUUAAAGAAGUCCUGAAUCCUUACAUUGUUAAUGUGACAUCUGCAGCCAAGCUCUGCAGUAAAAUACUGUGCCUCAACAAAGGGCGGUGUGUGCGGAAGGUCUGGGACUCUGCUCAUUACCUGCAUUUGAACCCUGCGAACUUCAGGAUAAGGAGAACCAACAAAGGAUACAUAGUUAUAGGACAAGCUUCUUUUGAAGAUAUAAUCUUCUUUGCUGAAAAUUUUAUUUGCCAGUGCUAUGCAGGGCAGACUUGUGAAUCGGUUGCUGAUAUAGCGAACUAUAUCACUGAACUGGACACCUGUGUUAAUCCAGACUAUUGCAUCAAUCUGGAUACCUACAUAGAAAUGCCCACCAAGUCACAAAUUACAAAUCUAAUGUCAACUACGUCUUCCCCAAAUUCUGUUUAUUCUAGCAAUGGCAAUGUUGGCUCGCUAGUUUGUACAGCUAUUAUUGCAUGCUAUGUAGUGCAUCAAAUGCUGUUUUGAAGAAAAUACCUGUACUCUAUCAUCUCUAAAACAUUUUUUAUUUACUUAGUAACUGCAGCACAACAGGGAUUUUACUUGAAGCAUUGCCCAUUGACUCUGUCUCUGGUUGAUUUUGUAUAGACUCUGUUACUGAUGUUUAUUUGUUUCCGUCAGGUAGAGUUUGCUCAUGUUCACGUGGUAUACUGAAGUAAUUGUGGACGAUUCAAAAAAAUAUGGCCUGUCUCUGUUAAAAACUGUCAAUUAAUGUUUGAGUAAUAGGCCACAGAAUUUUAUUUCUACAACAAUUAAAAUAAAAUUGGACCAUUUGAGUAUCUGUUGUAAAGUGAUACAAUUCCAUUUCAGCAUUCUAACUUAAGAAUCUGUGAGAUUCUAAUCUCUUAAAGCACUGGUGAAAAUGGAGAUGAAGAGAGGUUUCCAUAUAUUAGUAAGUGACCUUUGAAAAGAGAGGACAGAGCACAUUGUCUGCUGUGCUAGUCUCUGUUCAUCAUCAGGUAAAUGUCAUAGAAAGUUACAGCAGGAAACAGGCCCUUCGGCCCAUCAACUCUACACCUGCCACGCAUUUGCACAAAUCCUUCAGUUCCACUUUUCGUUUUCCCAACCUUCUCAUGACCAUCCACUCCCCCACCCCCACCCCACCCCACCCUUAUUAUAUUUAAUACUGACAAAUGCACACAUUCAUAGAACACAAAGUCCACAUAGACACUCCUCCCCCCCACCCACCCACCCCCCAGGAGAUUAGGAUUGAACCUGGGCCACUGUGCUACUCCGUAUGGAAUAUGAAAAAAAAACUUCCAAGCAAGAAAUCUGAACUAAAUACAACUUCAGUGUACUUAAUAGGACAAGCUUCCUAUCCCAGGUGUCAUUAUGGUUAACUCUCAAUAUUGGACAAAUUUCAUUAUCUCCCACGUCAUUAUUUUCUAGAUGCUCUAUUACCACAUCCUUAAGAGAUUCCAACAAUUUCCCUAUUUUUGACAUCAGGAAAAUUGGUCCUUGUUGCCCCUCUGCCCCUCUGCCCCUCUCUUUAUUAUUGGUUUGUGGAAACUGUUCAAGUAUCUGUGGAAUUUUAAGGUGAAUGCCAGAGCAUUCAUUAUCUCUACAGGUCACUUUCAAAAGAGGUUCCUGUGGAGAUAGUGAAUGCACUAGCAGGUAUCUUUACUAGGGCAGAUCAAUUGAUCCUGGAGAGUAAUUGUUUUUAAUGUCCAUUAGUUUCCAAAACUAGUUUCUUACAAAUGCUGAUUAUUUUAAUUCCUCAUUUAAUCUGGACCUAUACAGCUCUACCAUUCACAUCAAGUUUUCAGUGCUUUCUUCCCUAAAACAGACAAAAAAUGCUUCUUUCUUUAGGUUGAGGCAAAGGAUAUCGGCAAGCUGAAGAUAAACUAGAGUAUACUUCCUCUGAUGCUUACUCAUGCCUUAAUAUAAUGUCUGCCAAUUUAAUCUGUUAGUGAUGUGCAUUAAUUUAAACUGUAAUUUUUAACAAUCUAUAGGAGUUCCUAUAAUAUGUUUUGGGUUUCACAUUAACCUGCUAUCAUUUUAGUUUCCUUUCUUGAUUUCUGAAGUGUUCCCAUUUCUCAGCCUUACUCUUUUUGUCAACAUUUUAAGCCUUUGCUUUUAAUCUAAUUUUAAUUCCUCUUGGCAGCCAUAUGUGAAACACUCUUCAUGUGCUUGUUUUUGCCUUAAAGGGAGUAUAUAUUACUUGUAAACUACUGCAUAUAUUAUUUUUAAACAUUAACCAUUGUUGUUUCCACUGUCUUACCUUUUGAUUCAUCAUAAUCAAAAUAUUAGAAUCUGGUUUAUUAUCAUUUGUCAUGCAAUUUGUUGUCAUGAAUAAAUUACUUCGUAAGUUACAAUAAGAAAUAUAUUUAAAAAUAAAGAGCAUAA